AUGGAUACGUUUUCGUCGUCGGACAGUCCGUCCUCCCCCGGCAAUCGUAUUGUGUCCUACCUCCAAACUUUGGCCAAAUCCAAGACCGAACUGCCUUACGGACUGCCUGUGUGUGUGUCUCCCUCUCACACGGUUACCAGCACGGACUCGCUCCUUCAUCUUGCAUCCUUGGUCGGCCCCCAUAUCAGUAUCCUCCAGGUUCACGCAGAUAUCAUCGAUGACUGGUCCGAGGAAACGGUUCGCCAAUUGACCACUCUGGCUAGAAAGCAUGGCUUCUUGAUCUGGGAAAGCGUACGGAGCGGCGUGGUCGACUUGAUACGGAAGAAGUACACCAGGGGUGUGGUGAAGCCAGCAUCAUGGGCGGGCAUGUCGACAGCCUGGGCUUCGGGAGCCGCUGUUUACAAUCAGGAAGCCGACAUCUUGAUUCCGACCUUGAAGGCUGCCGCUCGGGAGGCAGUGGCAGACGCUGUACAGACCAUUAGAACCGAAAUCACCGCCGACAGUUUCGCAAAUGAGCAUUCUAACAGCGAUCAAGACUCGUCACAAUCCCAACAUCUUACUGAGUACGCGGUCGACCAUAGUGGGCUGGGACUGCCCCCACGGAAGGCUUCGACCAUUUCCCUUACCCAAACAAUCACACAGCAUACCGAAGAUUCCGCCGAUUAUCCUUUGGAGUCUCCUCAGUUUGAGCGCCACGGCUUCGAGUUUGGAACUUUGAGUCCAUCUACGAUACCUGAGGAUCUUCCUCCCCCGCCUCUUCUGGCUCGUGGUCUAGUACUUUGUUUGCCAUCCCGGACCGAUACAUCAUUUACCCCCGACUACCGUCAAAGCUGCAUAGCUGCUGCCCGUGCCAAUCAAGACUUCGUGGUGGGAUUCCUCUGUGGUGAACCAUGGCACAUUACCUCGCAAAGAAGCGAUAUCUUUGAGACAGGCCUGUCCGGUUACGGCGAUGAGCAGCAGCAGCUUAGCCCAUACUCGUCGGAUGACGAUGAGGAGCUUCCACACUUUGCGUUGUUCUCUCCCAUCUGCCAAGGUGGACAGCCGCUGGAUGGCAGCGAGGAAGAAGAGGUGGAAGAGGAGGAAGAGACACCUCUACCUGAGACCACGAUACCAAUUGAAUCGCUCAACCCUCUUGCCGCGAAACUGUUCUAUGCUGCUGGGAAGGCAUUCAAACUCCGCGAAGCAACCAGCCAGGAAAAUGGAAUCAUGCCGAAAUCCGACACCACCAAAAGUUGCCAGAUCUUGCACAUUCCUAUCGUCUCGUUGCCGUGA